AUGGUUCUUCUUCUUCCUUCUCAACUUCUAGCUACAAAAACGUAUUGUGUAAAUGUGGUGAACAACCAAAUAUCUGGACUUCAACGACCAAGAAGAACCCAGGCCGACAUUUCAUUCGGUGCCGUAAUUCUCUGGUAUAAGAGUAAAGUUGAUGAGUUGAAUAGGGAGAAUAUGGAUUUAUUCAAAGAUAAUAUGAUCCUUUCCAAGAAGAAUAUGGAACUGGAGAAGGGGAACAUAUGUUUGCAGAAUAAAUUGAUGAAGCUUAAGGUGAUUGAAAAAAAAGAGAUUGAUAUGUUCAUGGUUAGGGUGAUGUUUGGUAUUGUUCUUGUUAGCAUUUUCAUUUACUUUAUAAUUACGUAA